CCGCCCCUCCAGGUACGGGAAGUGCGGAGCCGGCAAGCAUGGCCGCCGCCUGCUUUCCCGGCCGGCUGGCGGCUGCCCUGGCAGCCUUGUUGCUCUUGUUUUUCGGAAGCUUGGCAGCUAGUCAGCUCGAGGAUCAAGCAGAACAAUUCUUUAGAAGUGGCCAUACAAACAACUGGGCUGUUUUGGUGUGUACAUCCCGAUUCUGGUUUAAUUAUCGACAUGUUGCAAAUACUCUUUCUGUUUACAGAAGUGUCAAGAGGCUAGGUAUUCCUGACAGUCACAUUGUCCUGAUGCUUGCUGAUGAUAUGGCAUGCAAUCCUAGAAAUCCCAAACCAGCUACAGUGUUUAGUCACAAGAAUAUGGAACUAAAUGUGUAUGGAGAUGAUGUGGAAGUGGAUUAUAGAAGCUAUGAGGUAACUGUGGAAAAUUUUUUGCGGGUAUUAACUGGGAGGAUCCCAUCUAGUACUCCUCGGUCAAAACGACUUCUUUCUGAUGAUAGAAGCAAUAUUCUUAUUUAUAUGACAGGACAUGGUGGAAAUGGUUUUUUGAAAUUUCAAGAUUCUGAAGAAAUUACCAACAUAGAACUUGCAGAUGCUUUUGAACAAAUGUGGCAGAAAAGACGGUACAAUGAGCUACUAUUCAUUAUUGAUACUUGUCAAGGAGCAUCCAUGUAUGAACGAUUUUAUUCUCCUAACAUAAUGGCUCUAGCUAGUAGCCAAGUCGGAGAAGAUUCACUCUCACAUCAACCUGAUCCUGCAAUUGGAGUCCAUCUUAUGGACAGGUAUACAUUUUAUGUAUUGGAAUUUUUGGAAGAAAUUAAUCCAGCUAGUGAAACUAGUAUGUAUGACCUUUUUCAGGUAUGUCCCAAAAGUCUCUGUGUUUCUACUCCUGGACAUCGUACUGAUCUUUUUCAGAGGGAUCCUAAAAAUGUCCUGAUAACUGAUUUUUUUGGGAGUGUACGGAAAGUGGAAAUUACAACAGAAACUAUUAGUUUGCAACAGGAUUCAGAAAUCAUGGAAAUCAGUUAUCGGCGGACACAACAUCUUUGUAUGUGGUGCUGAGGAUCGAACCCGGGCCGCACGCAUGCCAGGCAAGCGCGCUACCGCCUGAGCCACAUCCCAGCCCCUCUGUGUAUUAAUUUGAAAGCAAAAAUUGUUAGUGCUGAAGAUAUCUUAAUUUAUUCUGUGGAAAAUAUUUUAAGCUUUAAAGCCAGACAGCAAGCAUUGUUGAAUUAGAGCACCCUCUAGUGUUUGUAGAUGAAUUUUAUUUAGGUUGUUUACCAGGUAGUUUCAUAACUCCUAAGCUGGAUCUGGUGGCAUGGGCCUGUAAUCUUAGCCAUUCCCAAGCUCAGGCAGGAGGAGUGUUGUAGUCUAGGCAUUAGGGGUAAUAGGACAAUAUAAGAGACUCCAUUUUUUAAAACAAAUUUACUUGUAUACUUUAUUCAACUAAUAUAUGAGAAUUUAGUUCUCAUUGUGCUCCCAGGAAUUUUUUACAUGAAUGUUACAGAUAUUAUCUCAUUGUAUAAAGGUUCUAUUUACAUGUAUUUAUGAAUGACAAUUGGAAGUUCUUUUAAUAAUCGUUUUUUCCCCUACCCUUUUUAUUGGUGCAUUACAGUUGUACAUAAUGGUGGAAUUUGUUGUUACAUAUUUGUAUGUAUACACAAUAUAACAAUAUAAUUUGGUCAGUUUGGCUCCCGAGCACUUUGCCCUUCCCUUUCUACCUUUCACCUCCUGGUUGCUUUCCUCUGUUCUACUGAUCUCCCUUUCAUUUUAAUGAGAUCCCUUUCUCUCACCUUUCUUUUCCUUUUUUCUCUAGCUUCCACAUAUAAGAGAAAACAUAUGAUCCAUGACCUUUUGGAGUUUGGCUUAUUUUGCUUAACAUAGUGUUCUUCAUUUCCAUUCAUUUUCCUGCAUGACAUAAUUUUACAUUUCUUCGAAAUGAAUUUUAGGAUUGUUUUUUUCUAGUUCUGGGAGAAAUGUCAUUUGUAUUUUGAUGGGAUUUACAUUGCAUUUACAAUGGAUUACAAACAGUGUAAUCCAUUGUUUGACACUGGCCUUUUAAAAGAUAUUUUGUAUAUCUUGUUUUGAUAGUAUGGCCAUUUUAACAAUGUUAAUUCUGCCUAUUUGUGAACAUGGAGGUUUUUCCAUCUUGUGUGUUUUAAAUUUCUUUCUUCAAAGUUUUAUAGUUUUCAUUGUAGAGUUCUUUUACCUCCUAGUUUAAACUUAUUCCUAUUGUGAAUGGAAUUGCUUUUCUGAUUUCCUUCUCAGCAGAAUUCAUUGCUGGUUUAUAGGAAAGGUAUUGAUUUUUGUAUGUUGAUUUUGUAGCCUGUUACUUUGCCAAAUCUAUUAGUUCUAGCAAUCUUUUGGUGAAGAUUUUGGAUCUUCUAGGUAAAGGAUCAUAUCAUGUACAAAUAGUGAUAAUUUGACUUUUUUCUAUUUUUAUCCCUUUUAUUUCCUUCUCUUGCCUAAUUGCUCUUGCUAGAAUUCCUAGUAGUAUAUUAAAUAGGAGUAGUGAGGUAGGAUAUCCUUUUCUUUUUCCAGAUUAUAAAGAAAAUGCUUUCAGUUUUUCCCCAUUUAUUAUGCUUUGGGUUUUUCACAUAUAGCCUUUAUGGUGCUGGGGUAGCUUCCUUCUAUCCCUAGAUUCUUCAGUGUUUCUGUCUUGAAUAGCUGUUGAAUUUUGUUAAAGGCUUCCUUUACAUGAAAGCUUAUUUAGAGAACAGCAUAUUCACCAAAAAUUAGAUAUCAACUAUUUUGUUAAGGAAGUUAUAGCCUAGAAUGUUUAUCUAGUUUUUUCAAACUUUAGUUUGAAAUAUCAAUACAAUAUUAUUAAAAUUGGUAGUUGUGCCUUAAAAAUAUUACUUCUACAUAUAUUUUAAGGAAACAGUAUAAUCCAUUGGUUGAAAUUGGCUUUUUAAAAAAUAUUUUGUGUAAUAGUCUAGUAUAUACUACUAAUCAGAUAUGAUAGAAGAUAUUAAUACAUAAAAUUGACUGAUGUAGUUUCAUGGAAUAAGAAUUGUUUUAGUAUUACUGUUUUCUGAAACUUAGGUAUAUUGAGUAAAAUAAAGUUUUAAUGGUAUAAUGAACUUGGGAUUGUGAAUAUCUCUGACAAACUUGAAUUUCAUUUCCUUUGGAUAUAUAACCCAGAAGUGGUAUUACUGUAUUAUUUGGUAGUUUUCUUUUUAAUUUUUUUCAAUUUGUUUUAGUUGUAGAUGGACACAAUACCUUCACAAUAAAAUAAAUAAAUAUUUAAUUUAUUUAUUUUAAUGUGGUGCUGAGGAUCAAACCCAGUGCCUCACAUAUGCGAAGCAAGCACUCUGCCACUGAGCCACAACCUCAAGCCUUGUUUUUAUUUUUUGAGAACCUUCAUACUAUUUUCUGUAAUAGUUGUACUAAUUUACGUACCCACCAACAUUGCAUAAGAAUUUCCUUUUAUCUAUAUCUUUGCAUUUUUGAUAGUAAUCAUUUUAACAGGUGUGAAGUGUCAUUUCAUUGUGUCUUUAAUUUGUACUUCCCUGAUGAUUAUGAUGUUGAACAUUUUUUCAUAUGCCUGUUGGCCAUUUAUAUGUUUUUGAAAUAUGUCUGUUUAGAUUCUUUACUCAUUUUUUGAUUGGGUGAUUUUUAGCUAUUGAGUUAUUUGAGUUAUAUAUUUUGGACAUUAACCUUUUAUCAGAUAUAUGGUUUACAAGUAUUUUCUUUCAUUCUGUAGGUAGUCUCAUUGCAAUAUUGAUUUUCUUUCUUUCUCUCUUUCUCUUUCUCUCUCUCUCUCUUUCUUUUUUUUCCUAUGUGAUAUUGAGGAUCAAACCCAGUGCCUCACACAUGCUAAGCGAGCACUCUACCACUGAGUUACAACCCCAGCCCUCUAUUGAUUGUCUUCUUUGCUGUGUAGAAGCUAUGUAAUUUGAUGCAGUUCAUUUUCCUGUUUUUGCUUUCUGUUGCCAGUGCUUUUGUGAUCAUAUUCAAGAAAUCAUUGCCAAAACCAGUGUCAAAAUGUUUUUGUUGUUGUUGUUUUGUUUUAAUUCUUCUAGUAGUUUUGCAGUUCUAAGUCUUUAAGCCUUUAACCUAUUUUAAGUUGACUUUGGUAUUUGGAAUGAGCUAAGGUUUCAGUUUCAUUUUUCUGCAUGUGGAUAUCUAAUUUUCCCACCACUACUUAUUGAAGGCACUGUCUUUUCUUCUGUGUUCUUGUUACCUUUGUUGAAGAUUAGUUGAUUUUAUAAGAGUAUGGAUUUAUUUCUGAGAUUUCUCUUGUGUUCCAUUGGUUUGUGUAUCUGUUUUUCCACCAGUACUAUGUUACUUUGUAAUUUAUUUUAAAAACAGCCAUUGUAAUGUUCACAGCUGUGUUCUUUUAGCUCAAGAUUGCCUUGGUUACUAUUGAUUAUUAUUGCCUUGGUUGUUUGGGGGGUCUUUGUGGUUUCAUACAAAUUUUAAUAUUGAUUUUUCUAUUUCUGUGAAAAAUGUUAUUGGAAUUUUGAUACAGAUUGCAUUGAAUAUUUAGAUUGCUUUAGAUAGUGUUGGCAUUUUAACAUCUUUCUCAAAUUCAUGAAUGUGGGAUGUUUUCAUUUAUAUAUAUCUUCAAUUUCUUUCAUCUUUGUUUUACAGUUUUCAGUGUGCAGAUCUUUCACUUUCUUGGUGAAAUUUAUUCCCAAGUAUUUUAUUUAUGUUUUAUACUUUUGUAGAUGAGAUCAAUUUCUUGACUUUCUUUUCGGAUGUUCAUUGAUAGUGUUAUGGAGAUUUACAUCUCCUCUGUUCAUGAUAAAGCCCAAAGAAUAAAUUGCUCAUUGCUCAUUCUAAAUUUUACAAAAGACUUUGUGAUCAACUCAGCUCAUUCAAGUGCCCACCUCUGGUCCAACUGGGAAGUAAUAAGAAUCAUAUAACACAAAAAAUAUGACUGCUUGGGACCUACUCCAUGUGAGUAAAGUGAACUCCCAGAAGUUAACUUGGAAUUAGGCAGAUACCUGAAGGAUAUUUAAAUCAAUCUCAUUUAAUCCACAUGAUAACUUUAUGCAGCAGGUGCAGUUUCUCCAUUUUAUAGGUGUAUAAACUGAGACUGAAAAAGGUUAAGAAACCUGCCUAAAGUCACAUAUCUAACAAACAGUAAUACCAAUAUACAAAUCCAGGAAUGUCCCACACUCCUAAAAAUUAAGUAUUUAAUUUUAUUCUUUCAUAAUUUACUCUGAACAACUUGGCUUGCUUUCUUAUAAAUCUAUUUCUAGGUGGAUGUGGUGGCACAUGCCUGUAAUCCCAGCAGCUAGGGAGGUUGAGGCAGGAGGAUCACAGGUUCAAAGUCAGCCUCAGCAACUUAGUGCGGCCCUAAGUAACUCAUUGAGAACCUGUCUCUUAAUAAAAUAUGAAAAGGCUCAGUGGUUAAGGCCCAUAUGUUCAAUCCCUAGUAACCUCCACCAAAUCAUUUCUUCUAUUAUACAAACUUUAAAUUGUAUAAAAGGAUACAAUAUGAAAAGGAUAUGAAUAAAAGUAAGUUCUCACAGUGCAGAUAUUCAUGUAAUGACCAGAUAAAUAAACAGAAAAUUGAUGAUACACUAGAAACUCCAUAUCCCUUUUGCCUUUUCCUCUACCCAGUCAACUCCCAACUCAGGGUAACCACUCUCUCAGCUCUUACGGAAUUUAUUUUCUUGUUCUUCAUUUUAGUUUUAUCCCCUAAGCAUGGGUUCUUAAACACUAUGUUUUGCUUCUUUUGCUAAUAUUGCCUUUGUGUAGUUCAUUUAUAUUAUUGUACAUAGUUGAAGUUUGCUCAUUUUUUCAGCUUUUUAAAAAUGAAAUAUAAUUUACUUUAAGUAAAAUGACCUUCUUGAGUUUACAUUUCUAAGUUUUAACAAAUGCAUAUAGUUGGAUAAUGCCAUAUCUGUUCAUCACCACAAGAACUCUUUUUUAUGCCCCUUUCUAUCCACUCUUUCCCUAUGUUCUUUAAGCCCUUGAUCUGUUUUCUGUCCCUGGUUUUUCCUUUAUUAAAUAGAUGAAAUCAUACAUUCUAUAACUUUUUAA